AUGGAUCUUUCACCGAGUUUAUCACAGCAUCAAGAUACUUCGCAAGGCACAGAUUCUGAUGGCGAGACCGUAGGAUCAAUGCUUAGGCGCAUAAGGAAAAGGCUGGAUGGGGUAAGCAGGAAGUAUGACAACAAUGAUAAUCAUCCAGUAUCAUCUGAUGAAGAAACAUUGCAAAAACGAAAGCGCAGAACCAAAACUAGGGAGCUGCCAUUGGAGAGUCUUUCACCGAUCAUAUCACAGCAUCAAGAGACUUCACAAGGCACGGAUUCUGACGAUGAGACCAUAGGACCUGUGCUUAGAACCGAAACUAAAGAGCUGCUGUUGAUGGAUCUUUCACCGAGUAUAUCACAGCAUCAAGAGACUUCGCAAGGCACGGAUUCUGAUGGCGAGACCAUGGGAUCAAUGCUUAGGUGA